AUGCAAAACGAAGAACUGAAGUAUCCAGUUCAACCUUUUGUAUUUGAAUUUGCUAGAGAUGCUUCUAAGAAGUUAAGUUUUUCAGAUAUACAAAUGAAACAACCCCAAAAGGUCGAUUAUGGACCAAUUGAAGAUUAUUUAAGAACAAACGAUGCAUUUCUCAGAGAAUACGAAGAAAUUAACAAACCAGAAGUUGCACAAAACAAUACAUAUCAAGAUUGUCAAGUUUCGAAAAUUUUUUAUGAUCCGAAUUUCGAUUUACGCAAAACAAAAUAUUUCAACGAAGUUUUUCCAAGUGGAUGCCUCAAGCAAAGACUAUUUUCGGAGCAAUUGAUCCUCCAACUCGAUACAAUUCAAAAUUUACUUUAUCAUUCUUCAGAUAACCAUGCUUUAGACUUUUUCCAGUCAUUUUCUGCGAUUCACGACAUGAACUCAGAAAUUGCUGCCCUCUUACCUAAAGUAAAAACCAUGAGAAAUGAAGUUGCAACUUUGCAACAAAAUGCGAACGCUCCAAAUGCCAUAACAGCACUGAUGAACAAGAAGUCCCGACUCCAAAGCAUCCAGACAACUCUCGACAGCAUGAAAAGAGUCGUAGAUGCAGGCCCAGCAGCGAUUGCUUACGCCGAAACAGGAGAUUUCAAUACAGCCUUCGUAACACUGGACGAAACCAUCGAAACUCUUAAAUCCAAACUCUUACAAAUCAAAUCAAUGCAUAGUUACCUAUACAAAUUACAAGAUACGAAAAAUUUAAUCGUAAAGAAGCUUAAAGACACAUUUUGCAGCAUUUUUACCAGAGAUGAUAUCAAUAUCUCAGACAUUGUUGCAGUUAUUGUCCAGCAAAACCUUCUUACUGAAGUAUUAGAUUAUGUAAACACAUUUCUUGGCCAAUAUUCACAUGAUCAAGUUCUAAAGAUCAUUACACAGAUAGCAGAUCAAGAUCUACAGUCCAUAUCCAUCAGCAAAUUCACAGAAGCCCUUCAAAACUCGUUCCCAAUUAUUAGAUUAAAAUUAUUUGCCAAAGGAACGAACACCAUUGAAUCCAUAGCCUCAGAAUUCGAGAAGUACUCCAAGGAAUCCUCCGAAUCCGUGAAAGGACUCAUCCAAGUCCUAUGUAAUAACGUAUACGAAGAAGUUAUCGGUAUAAUCAGCAGCCAACCCCUGAAGAACGUUGAUUUAGAUAAUUUCUCAGCCAUUUACGACUCAAUUAUUAACUUUGGCCGUGGUUUCGACAAAUGUUCGAUCAAUGAUCAUCUUUUACAGCAAAGUUUGUAUAGUUUCGGACAGCAGUUCAUCGAAACCUUCGACAAAGACCUCAAAGCACGUGAAGAACUCGCGACAUCAUCAGAUAAAUGGCAACAUACAAUUUCCGGAACACUUCACCUUGAAAUUUUACGUCGUCUAACAACAGGAAACAAAUUAGACAACUUAGUAAUAGAAGACAGCAAGUUCGGUGUCACAGCAUCAGCGUUGACCAUGCUAGAGAUCAUUUGGAACUACUUAGAAGCCGCGAGAAGAAUCAAAGGAACAGCAGAUGACUUUACAAUUAAAUUGGCCGCAGCGAUAUCGAAUUAUUCCAGGCAAUGCAUGUAUUACAUUUACGAAGGAGCUGCAGCCAAACAAGGGAAGUUUAAGAAUACUUCUACAAGGCAUUUGAGUCUUGCAAGUGCUAACAUUGAGUUCAUGGCCAGAUUGAUAUCAUACAUUACUCCUAGAUUGGAAACAGUUGGCGCAAAUAGAAAUAUUGUGUCUGUUCAGAUGCAAAACGUGUCAAAGAAUUUGAUUGAAAAUGAAAACAAGUUAAAUACACAGAUCUGCAAAGUGUUGACUAAUAAAAUAUCUGAACACAUGUCGAAGAUUGAUUUGGAUCCAAAUGGAAUAUCUCCUUUCGUUGAGAAAGUCGUGAAGGAAGUAAACACAUUGAACAACUUCAUCAACGAAUUCCUGCCAAAGAAAACUGUGCAAAUGAUUAUGGAUGUAAUUGGAAAACACAUAAAUAUGACUAUUUCCGGACAACAGAACGCAAAACAGCCUCUGAUAAAGAAUCCUCUUUUCCAGAGAGACUGCAGCGCAUUGGCAGAAAGAUUGGCUCCUGCUGGAAUCUCUAUCGAAGUUUCUAAAUAUUAA